AUGAGACCUACCCAUGACAUCGACCGCAACACCCCACUUCUCCAGCACUGUACCUGCCAGGACGAUUGCUCCUCCAGCAACUGCCUGUGCGGCCAACUCAGCAUCCGCUGCUGGUACGACAAGGAUGGGCGCCUGCUCCAGGAAUUCAACAAGAUCGAGCCGCCCCUCAUCUUCGAGUGUAACCAGGCGUGCACCUGCUGGAGGAACUGCAAGAACCGGGUCGUCCAGAGCGGCAUCAAGGUCCGACUGCAGCUCUACCGGACGGCCAAGAUGGGCUGGGGGGUGCGAGCCCUUCAAACCAUCCCCCAAGGGACCUUCAUCUGCGAGUACGUGGGGGAGCUGAUCUCGGACGCAGAGGCCGAUGUACGGGAAGAUGACUCGUAUCUCUUUGACCUGGACAACAAGGAUGGCGAGGUGUACUGCAUCGACGCCCGUUACUACGGCAACGUGAGCCGGUUCAUCAACCACCUGUGCGAGCCCAACAUCAUCCCAGUGCGGGUGUUCAUGCUGCACCAGGACCUGCGUUUCCCCCGCAUUGCCUUCUUCAGCAGCCGCGACAUC